GGGUGGGUGGUGGGGGGAGAGAGAGAGAGAGAGAGGGCAAAGUGGGCGGAGGGUCGGCAAUGGCGGCCGAUUGCACGAAGGCGCCCGGAGGCGGCGGCGUCCGCACGUCCCGCUCGGCCCGCGACGGUUUGGACAAAAGCAUCACCCUGCCGCCCGACGAGAUUUUCCGUAACCUGGAGAACGCCAAGAGCUUCGCCAUUGACAUAGGCGGCUCCUUGACAAAGCUGGCGUAUUACUCCACUGUGCAGCACAAGGUAGCCAAAGUGCGAUCUUUCGAUCAUUAUGGCAGAACUGACCCUUUGCUCCUGGUUUGUAAGGGUCCGGAUGAUGAACCUUUGUACGAGAUCUCCGUGCAGGAAGAGAUUACCGCCAGGCUUCACUUUGUCAAGUUCGAGAAUGCUUACAUCGAAACAUGCCUGGAUUUCAUCAAAGCUCACCUGGUCAAUACUGAAACCAAAGUCAUCAAAGCCACGGGGGGCGGCGCACACAAAUUCAAGAGCCUGAUAGAGAAAAAACUGGGAUUGAAAGUGGAUAAGGAGGAUGAAAUGACCUGCUUAAUCAAAGGCUGCAACUUUGUGUUGCGAAACAUCCCUCACGAAGCCUUUGUGUACGUGAAGCACGCAGACCCCGAAUUCCGCUUUCAGACAACACACCCUGAUAUCUUCCCGUACUUACUGGUAAACAUUGGGUCCGGAGUAUCUAUAGUCCGGGUGGAAUCCGAGGACCAAUUUGAACGAAUAGGAGGCAGCUCGAUAGGUGGCGGGACCUUCUGGGGUCUCGGAGCCUUGCUGACAAAAACAAAGCGCUUUGACGAGUUACUGCAGCUCGCUUCGAAAGGGCAGCACACGAACGUAGACAUGCUGGUCCGUGACAUUUACGGGGGCUCCUACGAAUCCUUGGGUUUGACGGGCGAUCUUAUAGCGAGUAGUUUUGGAAAAUCUGCAACGACGGAUAAAGAGUUCACCAAGGAGGACAUGGCAAAGAGUUUGCUUCACAUGAUCAGCAAUGACAUCGGCCAGCUGGCCUGCCUGUACGCCAAGCUCCACAACCUGAGCAGAGUCUACUUUGGCGGCUUUUUCAUUCGAGGACACCCCCUCACCAUGCACACCAUCACAUACAGCAUCAACUACUUCACAAAGGGCGAGGUCCAGGCGCUCUUUCUCAGGCACGAAGGCUACCUCGGGGCGAUCGGGACAUUCCUGAAGGGAGCGGAAGAGGACAAUCCCAACCAGUACAGCUGGGGCGAGAACUACGCUGGCAGCUCAGGGCUGAUGAGCACAUCUCCUGAGGUACAUCCGAUGCAGCGGGCACGCAGUGGGACGUUUUCAUUUGACAUGUUGGAGAUGGACCGACUGGAGAGACAGCUGGUGAACCUACCCCUCCUCCUCGAUGCCUCGUCCUAUGUCCCUGACACCGUUGACCUGACUGAAGAUGCCAUGGCGAGGGAGUACUGGCUGUCCUGCUUUGAAGAUGCUUUGGAUGGUGUAGUGAAGAGAGCGGUGGCGAGUCAGCCAUUGGCGUUGGAUGCCGCGGAACGAGCAGAGAAAUUCCGUCAGAAAUACAGGCACAAGCUUCAGACACUGAGACACCAGCCAUUCGCAUACGGAUCUUUGACAGUGCGGAGCUUGUUGGACACGAGGGAGCACUGCCUGAACGAAUUCAACUUUCCCGAUCCUUACUCAAAGGUGAAACAGAGGGAGAAUGACGUGGCUUUGAAGCACUUUCAGAAGGUGGUGCAGGCCUUGGAGUCGCUGAACAUGGAGCAGCGGCAGUUUGCGUUGGUGAAGGGUCUCUUAGCUGGCAACGUCUUCGACUGGGGAGCCAAAGCUGUGUCAGACGUUCUCGAAACAGAUCCAGCGUUUGGUUUCGAAGAAGCGAAGAAACAGUUACAAGCUCGCCCGUGGCUGGUGGACGCCUAUGAUGAUUGGUUAGAACGACUUAAGGGUCCUCCUCACAAAUGUGCCUUAUUUUUCGUAGAUAAUAGUGGAAUAGACCUAAUUCUUGGAGUUUUCCCAUUUGUCAGGGAGCUGCUCUCGAGAGGCACAGAGAUCAUCUUAGCCAGUAACUCGGGACCGGCAUUGAAUGACGUCACCUGCAGUGAGUUGGCGAUUGUUACAGAGAGGAUAGCGGCCAUGGACACAGUGAUCAGGACAGCAUUAAACCAGGAUAAACUAUUACUGGUUCAAAGUGGCUCCAGUUCCCCUUGUCUAGAUUUAAGUCGACUGGACAAAGGCCUGGCCACUGUGGUGCGGGAGAGGAAGACUGACCUGGUGGUGAUUGAAGGGAUGGGCCGAGCGAUCCACACAAACUAUUACGCUGCACUACGAUGCGAGAGUCUGAAGCUGGCGGUUAUCAAGAACGCCUGGCUGGCCGACCGGCUGGGGGGCAAGAUCUUCAGUGUGGUGUUCAAAUACGAGCUGGCCCCACCGUGAAUUCCGGUGGGGAAACGGGACGGGGGGGUGAGCGAGCGCUGGUAAUCAAGGACUUGUCAUUGCCACCCGCCAACUGUCAUUGCUAUUCACCCCCAACGCCCCCCUCUCCCUUCCCUGCCACUCAAUUACCUACAGCUCCGAACACGUCUGCUGGGGAUCAGCGAGCUUUUGAGUCAGAAGCAAUAAUAUAUAUUAUAUAUGUACAGCACACACAUAUCUUUUUGUUUCAAAAGACAUUUAUUGUAUUAUAAGGGCAGCGUUUGUGGAAACUGAUCUGAAACGGCCAUCAACCUUAAAUCGCGGACAAUCAAGUGAGAUGUUGUUUAAUCCCUUCACACACACACACACACCAGUUCCAAUCCAGAGCCGACCAACCCUACACUCUUCUUCCCCCCACACACGCGCACACAGUCGGAGAGAGGAUCAUGUUGGAAACGAUCUAUAUCCCCUUCCUCCCCCCGCCAACACUCGCAUCUGUAUCCUGGAACGCUUGAAUAUAGUAAUGAGCCAUUCUCUUUCCUCUCCCCCUCCCCCUCUCUCUUCCCCCCCACCCCCCGCCGCCUCUCGGCAGGUUAGCUCCAAAAAGGGAGUGUGGCUUUAGUUUGAUUUAAAUCCCUGGGAAAGGGCGGUGGUGAAUGCAUUGUCAGAUGUUCUGCUGUCACAGAAUGCUUCCCGACCCCUCCUCUUCCCCCUCAC